GCAACUGAAAGGCAGCGCGCGGCAUCGGUAUCGGCACCGGUAUCUCCGUCCGACACCGCCCGACCAGGGGGGUGGCGUGGCUGCAUGGCGGGUGGUUGGAGGUUGCAGCUUUGGAGGGCUGGUAAGUUGGAGGAUGAGGGGCCAGGCAGAGGCGCGAGCGCCCUCUCUCGACAGGCGUCAUUUCUCCCAACAUGGUCAGCUUCGCCGCAUCGACAGUGCUCCCAGUAUCAGGUCGUGUCCAAUGCCUGCGUUCUGUCAGGGAUCGGGCGGCACUUGCACCGAUGCUCGUGAUGCUGCCUCGUCUCGCGCCAUCCCAGAUGAGGCCAGAGAAUCGUUCUGCACAAAACCAGGGUGAUGCACAAGGGGAUGAAAAACGCACUACAAAUGUUCAUGUUGCUCGUCGGGUUCGGAGGGGGAGGGGCGAGUUUAUCG